AUGUGGAAAUAUAAUAAUUAUUUGAAAAAUAAACCGCCAAAAAAUUGGAUCAAAAUCGGUGAAAUAUCCGAACUUUGCAUUUAUCCCAUCAAAUCUUGCAAAGCGUUCAAAUCUGAUUAUUUCGAAUGUACACCGUUCGGUCUUAAAUCUGGAACGUUGAGGGACAGAUCUUUCGUUAUUCUCAACGAUAAAGGAAACGUUAUUUCCGGUAGGAUAUAUCCGAAAAUGUCACAAAUAUUUACCGUUUCAAACGGUUCGACUUUUAAAUUAUCAUCUCCAGACAUGAGUGAUGGCGAAAUUGAAUUUACGUUAGAUGACAUUGAAAAAGGAAAAACUAAAACGUUCGAAAUUUGGACGGUUCCGAUAGAAGGAAGAGAUUGCGGUGAUAAAAUUGGAAAAUGGUUGUCGAAAUGCAUAUUAAACGAAGAAAAAGGUUUAAGACUUUUUUAUUGCGCAUCAUUGAACAAAGGAAAAAGAAUGAAUCCGAAAAUAACAAAAAUAACAAAUUUGACAAAAGUUCCAUUGAAUGAAAACGAUGGAGGAUUUUUUUCCGAUUCGGUUUCUUAUCAUUUGAUAUCGAACGUGUCGACAGAAUAUUUAAACACGAGAUCGAAUGGCGAAAUAAUAACUCCUUUAAAUUUUCGCCCUAAUUUUGUCGUGAAAGGUGAAAGGUUGAUACCUUUCGAAGAAGAUAAUUGGGAAUGGGUUAAAAUCGGAAAUGCCGUGUUUAAAAAUCUUUCACCUUGCACCAGAUGUAUAUUCACGACUGUUGAUCCUGCAACUGGUCAAAGGUCAAAAAACAUGGAACCUUUAACUUCGAUGAAAAGAUUUAGGAAUUUAAGGGAUCCUAGAAAACGUCAAAUAAUGCCGAGUCCAAGCAUGGGAAUUUAUUUGGGACUUCGAACAUAUCAAUCUGAUAUUAAAGUUUCCGUCGGUGAUUCAGUCUACGUUCCAGAAUCAUGA